AUGAAUCCGCCGCCGCAGCAGCCGGAGCACCGCGGCAACUCGCUGACGGAUCUGAACGACGACCUGCUCUCCGAAAUCUUCUUCCACAUCCCGCCGGGCGACCCCGGGGUCCUCGUCCGCCUCUCCGUCGUCUGCAAGUCGUGGCGCCGCCUCAUCACCGACCGCGACUUCCUCCGCGGCUACCGCGCCAUCCGCCAAGCGCCUCCGAUCCUGGGCUUCUUCUGCCUACCGUGCGGCUCCCGCCAUGGCCGCGCCCUCUUCGACGCCUUCGGGUUACCCAUGCAGCUCCUCGUGUCGGACCCCAUGACCGGCGCGGAUCGGCUGCUGGACUUGCCGGAGCGCUGGAGGAACAUCCACUGGAGCGAGCAGCAGCACUGGAUGUGGAUGAACAUCCGGUGGAGCGCGGCGGUGCUCUGCGCCGUGGACGGCUGCGACCAUCUCGACUGCCACGGCGGCGACCCCUUCCGCGUGGCGCUGGUGGGCACCGACGCCGCGGGAACCACGUACGCCGCCCUCUACUCGUCGGAGACCGAGGCAUGGAGCGGCCCGGCCUCCAUUGAUCACCACCCGAACGCCAUCGUCAAGGCGAGAAGGCCAAGCGUCCUCGUGGGGAACGCGCUCUACUUCCUCUGCAACAACAACACCAGCAUCGUCGAGUUCGACAUGGCCACGAUGACGCUGUCGGUGAUCCCCUCGCCGCUGCUACCGGAGGAUGUGCACGGCGCUCUCCUCAUGACAGCGGAGGGUGGAGGGCUCGGGUUCGCCGCCGUGCUGGAGCGAUCCAACCUCCACCUGUGGUCGAAGCCGAUGGAUGAAUGGGAGCACCUCCAAGAUGUCAGGGACCUCAAGACGCUGCUCCCCCGGGGUUCAAUCUCCAUGAUGAACAAUUUGUUGAUCGGCUUCGCCGACGGCGGCGUUCGUGUGGUUGUCGUCAGGACGUACCAUGGCCCCUACGUCGUUGAGCUGGGAUCAACUGAACCAGCCAGGGUGGUGUCAAGGAGAAUUGGAAUCAACGUUGUAUUUCCCUACACGAGCUUCUGCACUCCAGGUACGAGCUCUGCGUUCUUCCUUUUUUCAGAGAUUGUUCUGUGCAUUUGUUGGUUCUGA